UGUGUGUGUGUGUGUGUGUGUGUGACCUCUGACAACAUGCUGCCUCUGGUCCUCGCUGCUCUGCUGCUCCUUUAUUCCACUAAAGAUGUGGCCUCUGGUCCUGUACGGGAGGAUAAACAAGCAUCGGGGGAGAGCUGGUUCAGCAGAGCGCUACGUUACAUGGUGUCCAACCCCGAGACUCUAGAAGAGCUGUUGACCAGGAAACACGCGGUGCUGGAAGGAGACAUGGUGUUACCUAGUGACCGUAACGCUGUAGAGAGCAUCUGGCCGACACGAGACAUCCCGUACGUCAUCACUGACGAGAUCGCGGGUCGUGCGGAGGACAUCCUGUCUGCCAUGGCGAUGAUUUCUGAACAUUCCUGUGUGUCUUUCCAUAAACGAACCUCAGAGACAAACUACCUGCUCUUCGUCAGCAGCAGAGGCUGUGCGUCCUACGUGGGCUUCAUCGGCGGCGAGCAGCGUGUGUUCGUGGGCCCCUCGUGUGUGGUGGGAAACAUCGCCCACGAGCUGCUCCACGCGCUCGGCUUCUACCACGAGCACACGAGGACAGACCGCGAGCAGCACAUCACCAUCCUGCCUCACAACAUCAUGAAAGGGAUGGAGGGAAACUUCCGUAAGCAACCAGGUGAAACGUUUGAGCUCCCGUAUGACGUCGCCUCCAUCAUGCACUACGGACAAGAGUUUUUCUCAAUGAACGGCCUGCCGACGAUCAUCUCCAACACUGAGGCCGAGAGCAUGGGCCAGAGAGAGAACCUGACGCAGACAGACGUCCAGAGAGUUCGUCUGCUCUACAGCUGUGAUGCUCCAAGAAAAGAGUUGGAGACGGAGACGGAGACGGAGAGCGGCGGCGUGGAGAAGAAGGAGGAAGACGCAAACAUGCACAUGUUGUUCCACGAUGUGAAGACGAAGGUCGAAGGUCAAGUUCCUGCAGAGAAACCAGAGAAAGUUCAAACACCUGCAGCCUCUCCGGCUGCCUCGCUGCAGUAACUGAGCGCUGCCACUAGAGGGAGCAACAACACCAGCAGAGAGACGGAAUGUAAACCGAUUUAUGUAUUAAUAAAAACUAAACAUACAUCCAG